UAACAAGAACAUUGUGAAAGAGGAUGAACAGAAACAGAAAAGGAUUGGCGAUUUUGAUGAGAACGAGAAUGAAACCUGUCGACCCAAACAAGUUUUCCAUCCUUCCUAACGAAAAUGGUCGGAUCAAAUCAGAGUCAGGAAGUGAGCACGAUCAAUCCGAUGAACAUGAAAUGCGAACAGCUCGAGAAGAGCAAGAAAGAACAUCGUUUCAGACUGAGAGAGAAUUGAAGCUGGUACAAGAGUCUAUGCAUUCAGCCAUUUCUAUGAACAAAACGGAAGUUUUAGAUGGGGUUAUGAGCGAUUUCUCAGAGGGUUACUUUAUUCUCUCGCACGAUAAUCGCCGGAAACUACUUCUUGUACUCGCCAGAGAAUAUGAUGUCAAUAGGACACAAGUUCGUGAACUCAUAGGGAAAUAUCUUGGUCUUGAGCUUCCAGAUGUUGACAAAGCUAAAUCAUCUGACAUUGACGAAGAAGGCUUGCUUUCUGCUCUGUAUAGAACUGAGAGAAAUCUGAGACACGCUCUCCAGCCAAUGUACGAAGUUCUCUUCGAACGGCUCAACACCCACCCUGGAGGUUUGAAGUUCCUGACUCUUCUUCGGGCCGACCUUCUCGCAAUGAUUGCGAAAGAAAAUAAUGCCUCUUUGCGGGCACUAGAUUCCUAUUUAAAAGAAAAGUUGAUUACAUGGCUUAGUCCUGCUGCAUUAGAGCUGCACCGUAUUACAUGGGAUGAUCCAGCAUCUUUGCUGGAGAAGAUUGUCGCAUAUGAGGCUGUUCAUCCAAUCAGUAAUCUUAUCGAUCUGAAAAGAAGGCUGGGUGUCGGUCGUCGUUGCUUUGGAUAUCUACAUCCUGCAAUACCUGGUGAACCCCUUGUUUUUAUCGAAGUUGCUCUUCUGAAGGAUGUGGCUCAGAAAGUACAGGACGUUUUGUGUAAUGAUCCUCUCACACCUGAAUUUGAAGCGAAGUGUGCAUUGUUUUACUCUAUAUCAUCAACACAGCCAGGCUUAUCGGGAAUCAACCUUGGAAAGUUUCUUAUUAAACGAGUUGUUGAACUGCUGAAAAGAGACAUGCCAUAUAUUUCGACAUUUGCAACACUUAGCCCUGUGCCAGGAUUUAUGUCAUGGCUCCUUUCCAAGUUGGCAUAUCAAUCAAAGCUUGCUGACGCAGAUACAGGAGAUGUAACACAUUCAUCACCGGGGGGAUCGGUUUCUACUUUCAGUGAGAACAUACUUAUGCCAGAUGAAGAAAGAAAGCUGUUAGAAUUGGGGGAAUUUGGUGAUGGGAAAAAUGGCAUGGAAGUGAUGUUGAACUUGCUGACUUCAACAAAACAUGAGUGGGUAAACUCUGAUACAUUAUCGUCAGUGUUACAAGCCCCUCUCAUGCGAUUGUGUGCCAGGUACCUUUUUCAAGAGAAAAAGAGAGGUAAAGCUCUAGAUUCUGUUGCAAACUUCCACUUGCAGAAUGGAGCGAUGAUUGAGAGGCUGAAUUGGAUGGCUGAUCGAUCAGAAAAAGGCCUUCGCCAAAGUGGAGGUAUCAUGGUAAACUAUGUCUAUAGGCUGGACAAAAUUGAGGAGAAUGCUCAGUCAUAUUUUAGCACAGGGCAUAUCCAGGCUUCUUCCGAAUUUCGUUGCCGUCUCGAGCUGAACGAGGAACAAGAAGCGCAUUAAGAACAAACA